UCAUCUUUUUUCCAUUUAUGCUUAUUGCGAAGAACCUGGAAUUUGGUGUCCACGACUCGUGCAAAAGGGUACUUCGCGUCUUCCUGCUCUAUCAAUGUUGCCCUGUUCCAUGACGCCUGCAAAAGAAGAGGCCCUGCGAAGGAAAUGAGACUCUUACAAGUGCCAUCGGAAGUCGGCAAGCAUGCGACAACCUGCCCUACGCGUUCCUCUUGGCAGAGACGCAGCAAAUCUCAAAUCUUGCGGUCAGGUUGAGAGACGGGUGAACGAUGAUCCAGACGUCGUGCAAAGUAUCAUUAGCAUAAAGUUGGUUGCAUAAAAGAGAAUCAGAAUGCCGCUGCACAGCAUCACGUGAUCAUAUCUCUUGCCAAGGCCGCGGGAUGUCCCGAAAAGUUCUGCCAAGACCCGAAUUCUGCAAACCCACCCAAGUCGUGCACUCCCGUUCUCACCACGGUCAGCGACACCAACACCCACAACCAUCGUCAAGAUGCCGAAAGAAGUCAAGCAGAAGUCCGGCAUCAUCGUCGGUGCCAAUGCUGGCCACAAAGUCACUCCCCGCCAGCCGAAGCCGCGUGUCUCGCGCAUGAAGGGUCACUUGAGCAAGCGUACGCAAUUCGUGAGAGAGAUUGUGAGGGAAGUCUCGGGUCUUGCACCCUACGAGCGCCGCGUCAUCGAACUCCUCCGCAACAGCAAGGACAAGCGCGCGAGGAAGCUGGCAAAGAAGCGACUGGGAACAUUCGGCCGUGCGAAGAGGAAGGUGGACGAGAUGACCAAGGUCAUUGCGGAGAGCAGGAGAGCAGGGCACUAGGUGUGGUGUAUCAAGGGUGCUGUCGGUGGUCAAAGAGGUCAAUGAGCAUGGAUCAGAGGCAGGCAUACGGUUUCUAGCACGCUGCAACAGCGAACGGCCCAGUCGCUCAAGUCGCAGAGGCAUGCGUGUGUGCAUCCAACUGGUUUCACGUUGUUACCUCACUCGAAUCAACUCUUUCCGUUGCACGAUGUCGUUCUAUUGGUGGCUUUGCCUUGUGCAGUCACCGUCACCAGCCCUUGAUCUGGCCGAGCAAGCUGCCGCUGCUUCUCAUGAUUGCAGGUAUUGGAGCCUCCCUUACAUCCUGGAUCUGGCAUACCUCCGCUCGAUGGAUAACUUCCAAAUCAUUGCAGUUCCCCC